AACGUCGCGCAAUCUUUCAUUUUCCAAGAAUUACCUCACGGUCGCUGGUAAGAAAUUCAUUGUUUUGAUAUGCAUUAGCGCUUCCAGUCAUACAUUGUAUUAAAGCGACAGCUGUUUUAACAAAGGAAAAAUUCUUAAAUCUUUUCACGACAACACAGUUAUUUAAUUGUUGUCUGAAAAAAUCUUCACUUUAAACCUGCAUACGUCAAGAAGACAUAGUUUUCGGAGAUGUUACCGGUAAAAUCUAGGGACAAUAACUCGCCUGUUGUACAAGAGGAAGAUUCACAAAUCUGCAAUAAUAUCAGGAUAUUUCUAUGCGGAGCUCACAGUGUUGGGAAGACGACUUUAGCCAAGGAAAUUGUCAAAGAGACAAAUGUUUAUAUGAUGACAGAAAUAGCAAGGAAAAUUAUCAGAGACAAAGGGAUGAAGAGAGAAGAUUUCGAACCAAAAUCUCACCCGGAAAAAUUCUUCGAACUUCAACGUCUAAUUAUCGAAGCUCAAGCUAAAAAAGAACGAGAAAACGAUGAAGUAGGUCUGAAUUAUGUCAGUGACCGAGGCAUUGAUCCCGUUGUGUAUGCCUCGCUUUAUAUCGGAAAAGAAGCGGCUGAUAGAUUACUAAGAUUGUCUGAAACCAAGGAAAUAAUUCGAAGAUAUCAGUCGUCAUUGGUGUUCGUUAUCAAGCCCUUCCCAGAAUGCAUCGUUGAAGAUGGCGUUCGACUCCGUCCAAACAUUAACGAGAUGAACGAUUUUACAACCACGAUGGAAAACCUUCUGUACCAAUUAUCAAUACCUUACACAAUAAUUAACGUCUUGGAUCUUAAAGAAAGAGUGAAAAUUGUUCAAAGCGAGAUAAAUAAGCGACAAAAAUCGACGGGAUAAAAUGCCUUCAAAUGAAAAAGACUCGGCAUUUUCGAUUUCUCAGUUUUUAUUGAAAUAUUUUUGAACAUUUUUUUAUUCAAUUUAAUAGUAUUUUUUAGAUAAUUUUUUCAAAGGUUAGUGCCUUCUUUUAUUGUGAUAUAAGUAUAAGUAUGAGUAAAAGUUAAUACGUAGGUAUUAAAAUAACGACUAUUAGCAGAGUCUAACACUUACGCCAGUGAUGGCUAGCUAGCUGUGAGUUAAUUGUUCAGUUCGACCCGCGAAAGUUGGCAAUAACUAGUUUUUCAAGUUACUUAUUCGAUCUAAAACAAAACUAAAAACACAUCAAUUAUUUAAGGAUUGGAAAAAAAAAAAAAAGAGUU